AUGGCCCGAAGCAACGCACCACUUUUACUCCGGAACCCCAGGCCCCACCGCUCAAAGCUAGACAAAGCUGGACAACUGCUGGACGACGCUGGAGAUGCGAGCCAAUGGGCCAGCGGACGACGCCUGGAUCGCUCGGUCUUACCUGGAAACCGAACGAGAGAAAAGCCUGACAAUAAUCUGAUCUUGAUCUGCUUCGAGGCUUGGACCUUGCCUUGGGAUCUCGGACAUGUCCGCCGCCACCAGAUUCCCAUAGGUCCCACGACGAGCUCGUCGACGCCCUCGAAGCAGGGCUCUCCGGGUCAAGCCGGGACGAAGGGGAAUGAGAAGAGCAAAAAUCCUGAAAGUCUGAGUAAGAAGCCGGUCGUAUCUCGGUGCCAUUCUGGAGAAGUGAACUCUCCGUGCUUUGUGGAGGACACGAGGAGACGAGGAGACGAGUCCACCUUUCUACAAAUGGGGAAAAGCCGACGGAUGGCUGGAGUAGUGUCCUGUACGGAGUAA